GACGGCGGCUGUGUUAUUAUUGCCGAAAUCGUCGUUGUCGUCAGCAUCCAUCCUGCGGCGCUCAUCUGCUCAAUCACAGAGCUGCUUCGGCGCUCAGUCUGCUGCUGCUGGCCAGGAAUCGAGUGUUGGCUAUACCCGUUGCGGUUGAUUUCAUUCCUGAGGUUGACCAGCUUCGUAGCCGACUUAAAUCCCGAGCUAAAUUCGCAGUGACCGGCGCCGUGCAGCACCGUUCGAUAUACGCAGGCCGUUUGAGCAGUACGUCAGUCAAUCAGCAGAUUCCGAGGAAGUAGUUACAAUCAAAGAAGUAAAAAAUAACACAGCUAUUCAGUAGAUGUAGAUGCAUAGCUGGACAAAUCGGAAAGCUUUUUCUCCAAUCGGAUGUCGCUAUUGCAGUAAGAGUACCACUCGUAUGGAGGUUUAUCACAGACGUCCAGUAAACAGAGUAUUUGUGUAUAUGAUGGCAAGGAAUUAACAUAUAUCUAUGUAACGUCGACGGACGCGGCCGGAGUCUGCAGUACACCGCCGACUUGCUUGUAUCUGAGGAGUGAGACCCGAAUCUUCUGCCUGUCAAUGAGUUUGUUGUUAUAAAAGUGUUUGUGUGCAGAUGAGUGUUAUUACAUACCGCUGAGUGGAAAGAAGUUUUAAAGUAUAUAGGGAACUUUACGCGAGCUAUUGUUCUUCGUGGCAGUCGUAAUAGGCGAAUAGCGUAUGCGACUCUUAUUCAAGUUGUUCUGUUCUGUCGUUCACAGCAGAUCUGGUAUAGUUCUAUUCAGUUUUAUAUUUGCUAUUAGCAAGUAAUAUCGCUGUUUUCAUCGAAGUAGCACCUAUAACGUGAAUUUAGUCAGUACUUGUAGUCGAGUGUCCAACGAAUUAAACAAUUGGGGUUGUGCCCAAUCGAUCCAAGACUGAGCCGGUUGUUCGCUGGAACAAGACAGCAUCGCUCUCAGCCAGUUGAGUCUGUGCUUUUUUAUGUCUCAAACCUGUGAGUGAGUGAGUGUGCAUACGUCUUUGUAGAAAUACGAGAGAUGUUCGCAGUGUUGAAAUCUCCCACAUUUGUUUGACUGCUUUGAAUUGGUCGGAAACGUCUGUUCAUCGACGACGACGACAACAACAACAACAACAAUAAUAAUAAUACGAAUAAGCAUAACAGCAAGACGACCGGCAACACGAGAUUAAAUUACGGAAGCUACAUAUAUAUGAAUAAGUGACUCAGAUCAUAUCGAAUUUAUUGAAACAUUGAAAAUCCACGCAAUCGUCAUUCAGGAUGCAGGUGGCCAGCCAGCAAGCGAUGCAGGAGCUGGAGAAUGCUGCUAGGACAUUCUUGGCUCCACCAAAUUUCGUGACGUCAGAACAACGGCAUGCAGCCGAGCAGGUGUUCCUGCAGCUCCAGAAAACAAAACAGCCCUUUGAUCUCUGUAAGGUGCUCCUGGAGGAAAGUCAGGUUCAAUAUGUACAGUUUCAAGCAGCCACACUGCUCAAAAACGCACUUAUACGUGAAUGGAAGGACCUUUCAUUGGAGCAGGUCGCGGCGUUGCGCAAUUAUCUUCUGGCUUACCUGACAUCACGUGAGAACAUGGAGAAUUACGUUCGCGAACAAAUGGUUCUUGUUCUUGCAAUUAUGACCAAGAGACAGUUCGUGGACGGGGACAAUGCCAUUAUCACGCAAAUGCUAAACGAUCUCAGUCAGCUGAUCAUGAGCGAUAACAACCGACUCCAGGUGGUCGGCUGUUCGGUCUUGGCGGCACUACUCAACGAGUUUGCGUCGUCGACGCGGGCCUCGGAUGUUGGUCUUCCGUGGGAGGCUCACUUGCGUGCGAAGAAGAUGUUCGAGAGUAUCCAUUUACCACGUAUCUUCGAGUUCUGUCUCCAUGGUCUGACCCAAGCCUCAAGAAUUCAGCAACCUAUUCCCACGGACGCACUCUACUUGAUCAGGAAGUUCCUUUCACUUGCCGAGCAAAUCCUUUCUUGGAAUUUCCACUUUACCAUGAUGCUGCCAAGAAAGCUGGUUCACCUAUUUGAAACUCAGGUCUGUCCAGCGCUACGGCCAGGUCGUGAGUGGAAAGCUACCCUUUUACAAGCUCAAGUACCAGCACUCUUCUUCAAACUGUUCGAUAUGUUUCAUCAUGACCCGGCCUUGGCACAUCAUGUUGUACAGUGCAUCAAUCAGUUAUGCACACUUAAUGGACUGAUAUUCGUCUGUCGCGCUGAUCAACGAACCUUUAUAGGAUGGAUGCUUGAAGGAAUUUUAGCAAUGAUCGGGCGACUUCCGCUUCCGUCGCACCUUGUCGUCGGGGUAUCGGGCGCCGUUGGUAAAUUGCUCAUGUUUCAGCCAGCCGCGUUGAUGUCGCUUAAUCCUGACAUUCUCGCGUUAUUGCUGCAAAGAAUGACGUGUCUAACAUGUCACUUGAUCGAGAUGGCUGCGCAGGAAGAAGCACAGCUAGUCGACGAUGAAGUAUACGCAGAGAGUCUCGAGUCCAUCCUUGCCAACUGGGCGACGCUAUGCCAGGACAGCGCGUUUGAUGAGCAACAGAUGCGCGAAUCGGUGCUACAGAUAUUUACAACCUAUCUUCGUGCGCAUUUGGCGCCUCCGGACGGCUUGAAGCCCCAGCAAUGUGGGGAUGAACGUGAGAUUGAUGAGGAAAACGAAGAGGAUGAUCGAACGAAAUUUAAGAAUCAGCUGACUGUAAUCGGUGUAAUGGGCCGUAAAAUCUUAGAUCAAAGCCUGCCUAUGUUAAGUCAGCUGUUGGAAGCAAGAACAAUGCAACUUCAACAGCUGCUCGAGGGAAACAUGACGGCAACAGCCCAGUUUGUGCAAUGUUCGGAGGACGUACACUGGCUAGUGCUCGUCUCGGGGCACGUACUUUCAACAGGCGUAAUCACUGGUGAAACAAAUCUAAUUCCUCAGCCGAUCACAAAUUUCUGCCGAUCGAAUGAAGCGAGCGUCAGCAUUGACUCAACGCUGAGAGUUCUGUCUCAACCGUCACAACCUGUCACAGAAACUAACGUGGAUCCUGUAGUACGUAUGCCUGUUGCAGUAUUUCGACUCUGCGAAAUGGAAACCCGUGCUCUUGACGCGCGGCUACAUUGCAGUCCGGAGGUGGGCCGCACCCUGGUGUGGUUUCUUCGCCACUGGUGCCCGGUUUACUUGCUUCCUGAUGAGACUCGUUACACGGAAUUAAGCGUUAAUCUGCUACGCUGUUUCGGACGAGAUUCGGAAGCUGGCCAGUGGGUGCUGGAGUUCGUCGUCAGCAAAAUUAAGAACAAUCUUCUUCGGUGGACUGGCGAAGCGUCACUUCUUAUCGAUUCGUGUCAGUGUUUAAUGGUGCUGCUAAAAUCAAUGGAUCGCUGCUCAAGGGCCAUCAAGUGUCCGUCCCUUUUAGAUAUUUUGCGACUCGAGUGUUGUGGCAGCUUUCAUUAUUUGCCUACAACGGCUAAACGUUCGCUCGUAAAGGCGCUUGUCCUAGCCGGUACUAUGCUCAAGGAAAAUGAAGGCCAGUAUUUCGAGCAGCUCCUACGACCUAUACAGGACACCAUGGAACAGCUCAGAACGAGUGACUCCUUCCGAAGAGAUUAUCAGCAAGAGUCAAUAAGGCGAAAUGUCAUUGAUUUGCUCGAGAGGCUUACGGGUGCGAUUGAUGGCGUCCAUGUGACCAACGCCGAAAUGAUGAGCCGUUUUGUGUUGCCGUUGUUGCCGCAAGUGGGCGCUUUGCUAGAGUUAUACCACAAUUACCAGCAGAUGGUCUCUGCGUGCAUACAAGUAUUUCUGUCAGUGGCGGUCAACAUGUUAAACUUUUUGGAGAAACCCGAAUGCUCGCAGGUGUAUGCCUGUAUACUGGAUAUUAUGAAAGGCUACGCGAAGCACCAGUCGGGAAAGUUGACGAUUGAUCCGUCGGCUGAAGAAGCCCAAUAUCAGGAUAUUCUCGACUUGGUACAUCUACUCGGUGAGGUGUUGCUUAAGGAUAUAAUGGGCUUUCUUCCGGACGUGGCUCGAGAUGCGGAAACCCGCGUUGGUGACCAGCUCACCGUCGCUGAUGUUGCUUUUCAUGGCCUAAACUUUCUCAUGCCUCUGAUGACGCCAGAACUUCUUCGUUUCCCCACACUCUGCUCAAAGUACUUCAGUUUCGUAAAUAUUGUCGGCGAGAUGUACCGGGGAAGAAUGUAUGAGCUGCCUGAACCCCUGCUGGUGAACAUCUUUGGUACUGUCCAUCUUGGCUUAACAGACUUCACGCCAGAUGUGGCAUCUUCGUGCCUUGAUUUCGUAUCCGGGUUUGCACUAAACAUUAUUCAAUCACAGGGCCAGACUCCACCAGUCGUCCACCAGCUAAUGCAACCAUUCCUGCGGUUAAUUCUCGAAAUGACACUUCUACAACCACUUGACUCCGAUCUGACUACGAUGGCAGGCAGCGCUGUCUUCCCUCUCAUGUGCUGUUAUCCAAACCUCUACAAAGAAUUGGUCGAAUCGAUGGUUAAUUCUCAGACUGACGAAGCGCUGAAGCAGCGGCUUGCCGAGGCAUUUUCACAACUCACCGAAAGUGUGCAAAUGGUGCCUGACCGACAUAACCGCGUAAAGUUCCGCACCGCUUUUGAGACAUUUACUACGAAAGUUCGCGGUUUCCUUUGCGUGAAAUAGAUCGCAUGUUUAUGAGCAGACGUUAGGUAUACACAGUAUGUAGUUCAGCCCUUGAACUACAACCUGCCAUGGACUGCCCUGUACAGCUCUGUCAGCAUAGCAGAGUUAGUUCCGAAGAAUUGUCAGGGGCUCAAUCCGUGUGGUCAUCGCUGCCUUCAUUUAGUAAACAAGUGACACAGACGGAUGCAGUUUGACAGGAUGGCCCGACAGCAUAAUCAAGGACAUAUACGCGUGAUUUGGAGCAAUAGUUUUGCAACGAACAAUUGGUUGAAGGUAUGGCUGGCUUUGGAACACCAUGUGCGACUUGCGCCGAUUCAGAGGGUUCUCUCAAACAGCGAACCUAUUAUUGUAAAGGAUACUUACACACUGUUUGCAUGAAAAACGCUGUCUCUUUUCGUGAGCAUUACAGCGAUGUUAUUGAGUCUCCUGCAUACAGUUUUCUCAUUGACUAUUGGUGGAAAAAAAUUUUACCGCAAUAAUAGUCGAUUAAUAUCUAUUACAAUCAUAAGUGAACGUCUAAUAUGCACAGGCAUAGGCGGCUGAGGAUACGUCCCUCUAAUACAAUGGCUGUGGUGCGUCAUCCGACGCUUAUGCUAGAUACAUACUUCUGGCAACCCACAAGGCGUCUUGAUAUAUUACAUACUUUCGUUUUCUUUAUGGUCCCUAAUAAUUUAUUUUGUAUGCGGCAAAGUAGAUUUCGAUAGUUCAAUUCAGUCAUAUUCGCCGUUUGUUGCAGAUCAAAGCAGAUACCGCCAUAAUAACGGCGGCGUAAGCACAAUGAUGUUGGCUGUGUAACAAGCAAACGAUCACGCCGCCAUCUACGCUCGUCGGUAAUUACUUUUGGUAUGGGAGUACAAUAAUGCCACAUACUCAUUGCUGUCGUACUAUUUACACCUCACAAUUGUACACUUCUUCGAGUGUUUAAAUAGUAUGAAUAAUAAUAUUAUUAUUAUUAUCAUCAUGCUGAAGUUAUUCCCUACAUCUCUCGCUAUAACUGCCGGCGGACAAGUGGAGGAAAACGAGCGAGCGAGAGGGAAAAAGAGAGGGCGAGUAGGUGGGCUACCAUCUACCAAAGAUGAGCCUUGCGUUGACGAUAUGACUUUCUAUAGCAGCAGGGCGGGUUAAAACAUUAGAGGACUGACGUAAUUGAUUACAUAAGAGAACUUCACAUUCCGAAGUCACUUUUCCGUAUAGUUAGUGUGUCUCGGACACGUCGGCUGAUGGGAAGAAAUUGGAAGAAAAGAUUAUUACUAAUAUUAUCAUAACGGAUGGGAACGAGGACACUUGUUGUGAUGAUAUGAGGUGCGCGUGUGCCUCGCUUUUAUUCCAAGCUGCGGCGUAACAUUAGCAGCAAGUAGUACGAAACAUUUUGUGGAUAAGCUCGAUAUUCGAUAAGCUGCGUCGAUUCUAUGCGGUGAAUGUCAACAGUGUAGCGAUGGCAACGCUAUAACUGCAACGUCCGAAUGUACAAUUAGAUCUCAAGCAAGCAACUACACAUAAUUUGAGGGCUAUAUAUAUAUAUAUAUAUAUAUAUAUAUAUAUAUAUAUAUAUAUAUAUAUAUAUAUAUGGGUUAUGCAGAUUGACUUUCUUUCACAAAGUUUACUAGACGCGUGACGUGACGGAUGAAAGUGUGAACGAAAGGUGACUAAGAAACAUAAUCAUCAUUCACACAUAAUAAUUGAUACGUAUGGUGAGUUGGGCGGGCGAAGGUGAGGUCGAUUCAUCGUCUAACCUAGAACAGGAAUCUGUGGACCUCCCUCAUUACGAUUGUUUACGUCAAUCCGGUUGUCUUUUUGGUUUCUUGAUACGAAAGCCCAGUUUAAUAGGUUAAGAAGCAUGAAAUUUCUUAGGAUUAUACGCAGCAGAGAGCCAUAGGAGACAUCAUUGCCGAUGAAAUGAAAUCUGGGUAUAUGCAUAGAACAAUAUCUUUGGAUGUAAUUAUUACUAUUAGUACGCAGUGGUGGACAUAUCGUUCAAACGUAAGGCUUUGUUGCACCUUACGUUUUCUACAAGUUUAACCGUGAUGUAAUCAGUAGAUAUACAUAGUCCACUACAGAAAGGACCUACGACAUGACACUAAUACGCUUGUACAAGAUAAUAGAAGAAGCCGAAAGGAACGAAGCUUAUUGAUAGGUAAUGUUUGUCAUCAUUAUACAUUAAUUGUGAAACAAUGAGGCAGCGUCGGAGGAUUGUAUCGAGACUCGGGCGACUGGAUGGCAGCGUGUGUACGGUAUUGAUGACCGAUGCUGAAUCAAUUGACAUACAUAAUUAUGAAGACUGAGAAGGGGUCGAAGACAAUAACUAAAUACAGUUAUUAAAGAAAAGUUACGAUAACGGCGGUGGUGGCGAUGGCGGUGAAGUUUCAACGCUUAGUUGUUCUAUAACGGUUCAAUUGAGUCGAAUAUAUUACGUUUACAUGCAAGCGAUAACAGGAACAUUGUCCAAAAGAACGCUGACAAUAUGAAUGCGUAGCUCUUGUAAAAAGACAAUAAAAAGGGGGCAUGGGAUUAACUCUAUAUAUAAAUAUAUAUAGAUAUGGAAAGAUAGAUGGAUAAUUCACAACAAAACAAUAAAUGUGAUUCCGCUAGGAAGAGGUGUGCUAGCUGUUGUGUUGGGUGAACACGCCACCUCUUCUAAGUAUUUUGUACCAUUCCUAUGCAGGAC